CGUCCCGGAGACAAGCUGGUGAAGGUCGGAGUGAACGGAUUUGGCCGUGUUGGGCGCCUGGUCACCAGGGCUGCUUUUAACUCUGGCAAAGUGGACAUUGUCGCCAUCAUUGACCUUCACUACAUGGUCUACAUGUUCCAGUACGAUUCCACCCGUGGCAAAUUCCACGGCACAGUCAAGGCUGAGAACGGGAAGCCUGUCACCAACGGAAAGGCCAUCACCAUCUCCCAGGAGCGAGAUCCCGCCAACAUCAAAUGGGGUGAUGCUGGUGCUGAGUAAGCGGUGGAGUCCACUGGCGGCUUCACCGCCGUGGAGAAGGCCGGGGCUCACUGGAAGGGUGGCGCCAAGGGGGUCAUCAUCUCUGCCCCUCCUGCCGAUGUCCCCAGGUUUGUCGUGGGCGUGAACCGUGAGAAGUAUGACAGCCACCUCAAGACCGUCAGCAGUGCCUCCUGCACCACCAGCUGCUUGGCCCCCCUGGCCAGGGUCACCCAUGCCCACUUCGGCAUCGUGGAGGGACUCAUGACGACGGUCCACGCCAUCACGGCCACCCAGAAGACCGUGGAUGGCCCCCCCGGGAGGCUGUGGCGCGAUGGCCGAGGGGCUGCCCAGAGCAUCGGCCCUGCUUCUGGCGCUGCCAAGGCUGUGGGCAGGGUCAUCCCUGAGCUGAACGGGAAGCUCACCGGCAUGGCUUUCCGCGUCCCCACCCCCAACGUGUCCGUCUUGGAUCUGACCUGCCGCCUGGAGAAACCUGCCAAAUACGAGGACAUCAAGAAGGCGGUGAAGGGGGCGGCGGACGGCCCCCUCAAGGGCAUCCUGGGCUACAGCGAGGACCAGGUUGUCUCCUGUGACUUCAACGGUGACACCCACUCUUCUACCUUCGAUGCUGGGGCUGGCAUCGCCCUCAACGACCACUUUGUCAAGCUCAUGUCCUGGUACGACCGUGAAUUUGGCUACGGCAACAGGGUGGUGGACCUCAUGGUCCACACGGCCUCCGAGGAGUGA